AUGACCAGUAGGACAGCCGUGAGUGUGAAUCGGAUAAGGAGUUUGCGUCCGUCCACCGUCUUCGUGGACGUCUGUCCUCGUGACACCCACACCCCACACGGCCUGUUUUGCUUCUACGGCGAGCAGCUUCAGGGCAGCGCGGUGCUGGUCGAGGGCGACAACACCGCCGCCAUCGGCGCCGCGCAGAACCAGGCGUCGACGGCGGUGUCGAUGCAGGAGACGCUGCGCCGGCUGCUCGAGACGGCGGAGAGGUGGGACAUCGAGCUCCGCUUCGUCCACACGCCGGGCGUGCUCCUCCACCGGCCCGACCAAACCUCGAGAGGCGAUCCCAUCGAGGAGCCGCGGGUGCGGCUAGCGGCGGCGGAGUUCGCCGCCAUCGAGCGCCUGACGGGACGUUUCACCGAGUUCGUGGGCGCCGAGAGGCGACACGCCGCCGCCGAGGUCGGGGCGCAGCACAAGUGCCCGGGUGGAGGCAGCCCCCAAUCCCCAGGUGGUGAGGAUGGGUGCUUCGGUGGCGGGCUUGCCGCCACAGUCGCGGGCGGCAAGCCGCCUCCCCACCUCUGGGCUGGUCUCGACUGCUUCGCCAUUUUUCAAUAUUGGGACGCUAUGCCGUCGAUGAUGGCCCUCAGACCCGGGGGGAGGGGGUAG